AUGAGCAAAACCACUCUUUUUGUUUUGUUUUUUUCCUUAUGCCUUUCUACUACAUUGGCUGGGGAUUGUAAGGAAAUUAAAAAUAUGCCUGAAUGCCACUAGGCUAAAUGCAGAUAUGACUUUUUCGCAUAGAAGUGUUUAGAUGUUUUAAGCCAAGAAAAUUCUACCGCAUGCUAAGAAUUUAAUGACAGCGUUUCCUGCAAAUAAAAUAUAUCUUGCUACUGGACAACAACUGGAAUGAGAGGCGCUUGUCAUUCCUAUCUUGAGUUAGAUUGUACUCAAUAUUCGGAAAGCCAAAGUUGUUCUAAUGCUCCUUAAUGCUAAUGGCAUAGUACAAGUUUGAAAGGAGCUUGUUCUAAUUUAGGAUGUAGAUAAUUCUAAGAUAGCUAAAAUUGUGGCUACAAUUAAUAGAAAUGCAAAUGGUUUGAAGCUGGUAUUGGUGCUGGUUGUCUCUCUUUGGAAGAAUACUCCAGUCUUUCUUGCUCAGAUUUCAAUGAUAGCGCUCCUUGUAAGUAAAAUCCAACUUGUUAUUGGACCACAACAGGAAUGAGAGGUGCUUGCCAUUCCUAUCUUGAUUUUGAUUGCACUAAAUUUACUGAAAGCUAAGACUGCUCCGCUGUUCCUCAAUGCUAAUGGAAUACUACUGGUAUGAGAGGAGCAUGCUCUAAUUUAGGAUGUGAAUAGUUUAAAGAUGACAAAACUUGUGGUUUUAAUUCAAAGUGCAAGUGGUUCAAUUAUGGAAUGAGAAGUGCUUGUUUAUCUAUGGAAGAAUAUUCAAAAAUUACUUGUUAUGAUUAUAAUGAUUCUUAACCUUGCAAAUAAAAUUCUUCAUGCUACUGGACAACUACUGGAAUGAGAGGUGCUUGUCAUUCCUAUCUUGAUUUUGAUUGCACUCAAUUUACUGAAAGCUAAAACUGCUCCACUGUUCCUCAAUGCUAGUGGAAUACUACUGGCAUGAGAGGAGCAUGCUCCAAUCUAGGAUGUUAAUAAUUCUUAGAUAGCUAAACAUGUUCUUUCAAUCAAAAAUGUAAGUGGUCAACAACUAAUGCUUGCAUUUCUAAUCAAUAAGAAAUGUAUUGA